CUUUAAUAUUCUUGAAGUCUUCGUCAACUCGUUGCAUUCGAAGCUAGAUUUGACUGGUGUUGGGAGAAGACACUAUAACUACUCCAGUGUGAAACGACUUUCGGUUGGGACACGUAUAAAAUGGACAACCCUGACGAACUCCGAAUCAUAUUAUUAGGAAAAACAGGUGCUGGAAAAAGUAAGACAGGAAAUUCGAUACUCGGAAGGGAUGCAUUCAAGUACGGUGAUUAUGGUUCUUCCGUUACAUCAAUCUGUCAAAAGGAGACUUCCGGUAGAUUUGGGAAGAAAAUUGACGUGGUUGAUACUCCCGGGGUUUUUGAUACUGAUCAAGACAAUGAGACGAUUCAACGAGAAGUAAAACGGAGCAUUAUCUUAUCUUCUCCUGGUCCGCAUGCUAUCCUACUUUGUAUUCGAGUGGCUCGAUUUACAAGGGAAGAUGUCAAAACACUUGAACACUUCGUGAGAUAUUUCGGGAAGGAGAUGCUUAAAUACGUAGUUGUUAUCUUCACACACUUAGAUCAACUUUUAGACGACUACAUUGAUCAAAAUGAAAAUCAAACUAAAACAAAUUUUAUAAGUUCUCUACCAAAAGAUGCUCAACAAUUUCUGAGAAUGUGCGGCAACCGGUAUUUGUUUUUUAAUAACAGAAGAAGAGGGAGCGAAAACGAUAAUCAAAUAAAAGAUCUUCUAAUGACUGUUUCGUCAGUUCGGCAGCAAAACGGAAAUACUUGCUACACUAAUUCAGAUUACAAGAAGGUUGAACUGAUGCUUCAAGAACGUAUGAAGGAAGAAAAUGAAGACAGAGAUACUGUUAUAAAUAACGACGAGUUUUACUUAAAAGUUAUGGAAGUAAUUGGUGUUGUUAGUAAAAUUGCCUUAAAAUUUGUUGAGAUCAUGUUAGAAUUAGACGGCUGAUGUUAUUGUUAUAUUUGUUUUACCAAUUUGUCGUUAAAAUUUUUCACUACACAACAUUGGCAGAGUGUUUCUUUCUCUCAAAGGCAAUCUGUGGUAGAUUCUCAUGGAUGUUAUACAUAUAAUAGCCUGUAUGAUUUAAUAUCAAUAGCUAAGGUUUAAUAUAUGAAUGUAAGAUAACAUACUGUAUGUUGUAACAAUUAUAUAUGUUAUGUGUAUAUGCCUCCUAUGAGACCUUAUUUGGAAAAUAAAAUGACUUAUCUUA